AGCGAGGUUCGCACCACAAAUCCCGAAAAAAGCUUUUGGAGAACGGACUGGAAUCAUCAUCUCAACAAUGUCCGUUACCAAGCUUCUCCUCUUCCUCUUGGUAGCUUGAGAGAAGCUCGAUUUUGUCAUCAAUUUCGUCUUUAAUGGCUUCUCCCUCCCUCAUCCCCUCUUCUCUCUGCUUCGCUGCCGCUCCCGCUCCCGCCGCCGAUGGUCCGCGUUCCCUCUCUUCUAAUUUCGACGGCGGUACCAAUCUCAGGUAUCACAAGAGCUUCUUAUCCCUUUCAUCUUCUUCGCCUUAUCGAAAUCGACGGUGCCGUUCCCUCGUCGUGUUUGCUGCUUCCGGAGACUACUAUGCUACUCUCGGUGUCCCUAAAUCUGCCAAUAACAAGGAGAUUAAAGCCGCGUAUCGACGCCUCGCUCGUCAGUAUCAUCCUGAUGUGAACAAGGAACCUGGCGCAACUGACAAGUUCAAGGAAAUCAGUGCUGCCUAUGAGGUGCUAUCAGAUGAGCAAAAGCGAGCAUUAUAUGAUCAAUAUGGUGAAGCCGGAGUCAAGAGUACUGUAGGAGGAGCUUCUGGUACUUACACGACAAAUCCCUUUGACCUUUUCGAGACAUUCUUUGGUGCGAGUAUGGGUGGAUUUCCCGGGGUGGACCAAGCUGAUUUUGGGAGAACCCGCCGCAGUAGGGUUACCAAAGGUGAAGAUUUACGGUAUGACAUCACCUUAGAACUGUCGGAGGCUAUUUUUGGAUCUGAGAAAGAAUUUGAUCUUACGCAUCUGGAGACAUGCGAAGCUUGUGCUGGCACUGGGGCAAAAGCAGGAUCCAAGAUGCGAAUAUGCUCCACUUGUGGUGGGCGGGGUCAAGUUAUGAGAACUGAGCAAACACCAUUUGGGAUGUUUUCACAGGUUUCUAUAUGUCCAAACUGUGGUGGAGAUGGUGAGGUAAUUUCUGAAAAUUGCCGGAAAUGCUCUGGAGAAGGACGCGUGCGUACAAAAAAAAGCAUCAAAGUCAAAAUUCCCCCGGGAGUUAGUGCAGGUAGCAUCCUUAGAGUAGCCGGAGAAGGUGAUUCUGGUCCCAGAGGUGGCCCUCCAGGAGAUUUGUACGUAUAUCUUGAUGUUGAAGAUGUCCGGGGAAUACAAAGAGAUGGCAUAAACCUUUUAUCUACCCUUUCGAUCAGUUACCUUGAUGCUAUACUGGGUGCGGUUGUUAAGGUGAAAACAGUUGAAGGAGACACUGAACUGCAGAUACCUCCAGGUACACAACCUGGUGAUGUGCUGGUCCUGGCAAAGAAAGGAGUACCAAAACUGAAUAGACCAUCUAUCCGCGGUGACCACUUGUUUACAGUCAAAGUUUCUAUACCAAAUCAAAUAAGUGCUGGAGAACGGGAGUUACUGGAGGAACUUGCAUCUCUGAAGGACACGUCCAGCAACCGGUCACGAACUCGUGCUAAGCCUCAGCAACCCAGUUCUCUGAGCAGUGCACCCAGUAGCUUAGAAAACAGGACAGAUGAAGUUGAGGAAAAUGAAGAAGCGGAGCAAGAAAACGACUUGUGGAAAAACAUCAAAGAUUUUGCAGGGUCUGUCGCAAAUGGAGCUCUGAAAUGGCUGAGAGAUAACCUCUAGAGAUCCAUCUUCAACUAACUGGACAUGCAUUAAAGCUUUUAUCCGCUGCAUUUAUGGUACCAAUGUGGAAAAGUUAAUUGUUUCAUUUGUUAAUGUGAGGGUGUUUUGCGAAAACAAUACAUUUUUUUUUUUGUUUUUUUGUGUUUCCUUUCAGUUUCAAUUUGGUGCACAUAUUGUGAAAAGAGGGCGGUUCUGCUCUACCUGCCCCUACUCCAUUUAAUAGUAGAGAUGCAAUUGGUUUUUUCGAGUUGGUUUUGGUAAGAAAUAAAAAGGUCGGAGAACUAAACGGCUCCAAUUUAUUUGAUUGGUGUUUGUUGGAGGAAAUGGUUGCGGAAGCCACAUAUGUUGAUGGAACAUGUGAUGAUCAAAGUCUCCAAGAAAGUUGUUUUUUUUUGUAUACUUGUGACAUGAAAUUACAAAACCUCUCGAGUUAUUUUUACGUACUACUUUUUUGAGCUAAAUCAAUGACUAGAAAGUCAAUUAAGAUCCAGCAGACGCAGGACAUGCUAUGUAACA